CAGCAAGCUACCUUCGGUUGGUAGAUGCAGCCCAGGUCUGCCCGCAUUCCUGCCGCGCUCUAGGUGUGGAGCCGGGGGGUCCCGUAACCAUGAAGGGUCCCUGCAAGACACCGGGAGGAAACCAAGAGCAGGAGAAAGCGGCUGCGGCUGUCUCUGGGCGUCCUGCAGGGGUCGCGGAGGCCAAGGAGGAUUCCAGCACCGAUUCGGAUUCCGACCUGGAGACCACCCGAGUUGCCCAUGGACUUGGAGAGAUGGUCAAGGACACCCACUACUUGGGGUCUUGCUGGGCUCGUGGUGGUGUGCUUCCCUCCUGCUUUCUGCGCCAGCAGAGCUCCCUAGAGCUCAAUCUGAGACACCGUGGCCUGGGGCCUCAGGGGGCACAGGCUCUGGCUUCUGCUCUGACCUCUAAUCCCCAUGUCAGGCGGCUGGACCUUCGGGACAAUGGGCUCUGUGGGGCUGAUGUGGAAGUCCUGGCACGUGCCCUGAGCAAAAACAGCAGCAUCUGUGAUGUGGACCUGUCGGAGAACCUGCUGGGACCAGUGGGAGCCCAAGCCCUCUGUGCCUCCCUCAUGGUGAACCAAGUUGUACAGAAGGUACAGCUGGCAGGGAACCACCUGGAGAAGCAGGCAGCCCAGCACCUUGCUGAACUUCUGCUUUCUCAUACAAGCCUGAAAUCCCUGGACUUGAGUUAUAACCAACUAAGUGACCAAGCAGGGGAGAUACUUGGACCAGCCCUGGCAGAAAACACAGGACUCACCCAGCUGAACAUAAGCUGGAAUCACCUUCGAGGCCCAGGAGCCAUAGCCUUUGCCAAGGGAUUGGAGGCAAACAUCUUCCUGAAAGUCCUGGACAUCUCUUACAAUGGUCUUGGAGAUUCUGGUGCCUCUGCAGUAGGUGAUGCGCUCAAGGCCAACAAUGUGCUGGAGGAACUCAACAUGAGUAACAACCGCAUCUCUGCAGCAGGCGCCCUGAGCCUGGGCCUUGGCCUUCGGGUCAACCAGACACUGAGGAUCCUUGUUGUGUCGAGAAAUCCUAUGCAAAGUGAAGGCUGCUUUGCUGUUCUCAAGUCUGUCCAAGAUAACCCGGUGUCUGCCAUAGAACUGCUGGAUUUCUCUAAUAUCCAAGUGAACAGAGAGUUUGAUGACCUUGCUAGUUCCAUGAAGGUAAUUCUCCCAGCACUUUGCAUAAAGACUGCUGCUCAUAGAGUGGAAUACAAAAAAAAGUUGUUGCCAGGGUCUGACCCUAAAUGACUAUGGAGCCUUCCUCACCUCCCAUCAGUCACUUCACCUUUCAUGUUGAGGAUUCUGGCUGUUGAGAUGCCUUAUUGCCACUUGAGUCUGAAUUGAGUUUCCAGUUACCCAUGUAAGUCCUGUGGAAACAACCUUCACUGUGACUUGACACCCUGUGACCAUUGCACUAACUGGGACCUUCCUUUGCUCUCACUCAUCACAGACUCAUAUUGUGUGCUGAAAAUUGUGCUGGGCAGUGCAUCAAAGGUGCCCAAACAACUUCUUUUCCUGUUGAUCUACCUUGGAAGGCAAUUGAAAUAGAAGGAGAUAUGCAGCUGAUAUUCCCAGCUGAACAUACAGAAUGGAAGCUGACAUAACUUUUUGGGAAGCCAAUUUAUUAUUAUGCAUUCUAGACUGCCUGUGACCUCUGUUCCAAUGGUCUGAUUAAUCUCAUACAAGAAAUAACCAGGGAAGGGGAAGCAUAAAAAGAUUAGUGCCCAAAGAUGUUCAUUGACAUGCUGUUAAUAAGCAUGGAAAUUGGAAAUGGUCAAAUGUCCAAUAAUAAGGGGUUGGUUAACUAAGAUGUGGAACUCGGCAAAUAGUAAAAUCCAAGCAUGUUUUUAUUAAUGUUACUAAAUGUUCAAAUAACAUUUAACAACUUGUGACAAUGCACAUGAUUAAUGUUAAGUGAGAAAAUCAGGAUAAAAAUAUCACAUGGUUUGUCUGGCAAUCUUCACAAGCUAAAACAUAGGGUUACCCUAUGACCCAGCAAUUCCACUCCUGUGGAAAUAAAAAUAUUUAGUCCAUACAAAGACUUAUUCACAAAUGUUCACAGCAGUAGUUUUCAUAGUAUCAAGAAGGUGAAAUUGUCUACCAACAGACCUGUAGAUAAAUAAAAUAUGGUAUAACCAUAUAAUGAAAUAUUGUUUGGCUAUAAAAAAGCAGUGAAAUUUGGGGUGAUGAAUCUUCUGAUUAUGGUAAUAGUUGCACAACUCUGUAAAGAUACUAAAAAUAAUUGUAUUGUAUGCUUUAAAUAGGUGAAUUUUGAGGUAUGUGAACUACAACUCAAUUAAGUUGUUAAAAGAAAAAGGAAGGGAUGGUAGGUGACAAAACAUGGAUAAACCUUGAAAACAUUAUGUAUGUAAGUGAAAGAAGUCAGUCAAAGUCCACCAUACUGAAUCAUUCCAUGUGUAUCAAAUACCCAAACUAAGCAAAUCUACAGAGACGAAAAGUACAUUAGAGGUUGUCCACAGCAUAAGGGAUGGGAAGGUUGACAACUGGAAGAUAGGGAUUUCUUUGUGAGAUCAUAAAACUGUUCUAAAGUUGGUUGUGAUGAUGAUUACACAACUCUGAAUAUAAUAAAAACUACUGAUUUGUAUACCACCUUAAAUGGGUGAAUUGUAAAACAUGAAUUAUCUUGAGAAAACUCUUACCAAAAAGUAAUCUUAUUGGACCCAAACUGUACUUUUAAAUGUAUGUACACAGGGCAGAAAAAGACCAAAACCCCCCAACCUAUUAAUAAUGUUUUUUCUAGGUUGUAGGUUUAUGGUUUUUUUCUUUGUUUUUAUGCAUUUUCUACAUUUUUUACUUUGAGUGUUAUUUUUAUAAUCAGAAAAAUUAUUAAUGUCAUCAAACAAGGGAGUAAGCCUAGGGCCCCUAGUUGUGAUUUCUCCACAACACAGUCUGGCAAGCCAUCACUCUACUGCUCCACCCACUGUAAAUCAGAGGGAUGGACUUAGGGGACCUGCCCCCAAGUGCAGGGGCCUUUUGAGACCCUGUGGUCAAGACUGAAAAGUGGGAUUUACAGACACUGGUGAUCCCAGGCAAGGAGUCAGCAUAUAUUGAUUAGUAAAAGAGCAAAGACCAAGGAAAGAAAGUUCUGGGGGUGGGAGGUGGAGGGGGAAACUCUCUGGAUAUGCAAGAGAGUGACUCUCCAAGGUGCUAGAGCUGGGGGUCUGUACAAGUUUUUCAUUUGAGGUGUUGUAAUAAUGUAAUCCCAAGGGAAAGGGAAGGUUCCAGGUUCUCUGCCCUACCCUACAGAAGAGUGGAUCUGGACAAGGAGGUAAGCUAGAAGUGAUUGGGAAAAGGGCUGGAGGCAGGAGAAGAAGCAGAGAGGUGGAAAGAAGACACAUGUGAAGCGGUGCUUGUUUCCUGGCCUUGGACUUGUGCCAGGGACUUGGGACCAUCAAAGAAACAUCUGAAAGAGAUGUGGGUGAG